AGGGAGGAGGAGUGCUGCAUGAAGUUUGAGCCCUCCCCUUUUACUCCCUCCUCCCGCUUAUUCCCCAAAUACAGAGAUGAACCUACUCACAAGGCUGGUGGUUUAAAGCAGAGCUGCACAGCACACAGAACACACACAAUAAAGCAAUUCUCAUGACAUUACUUUAGAGGUGUGUGGAUGAAAUCCACACAAUCAACCAAACAAACAGAUACACACACAAGAACACACUUAUGUAAACAUACACACAUGGGGACUGGAUUACACUACUGGACUGCUCCCUCAGCAGGACUCUUCAAAAGGUUUGUUUGAUGUCUACCGCCUCAAAUUUUCCAUAACCUUCGCAGUAUGACAGGUGACAACUUGAUUUUGAAGGGUAUUUUGAAGGAUAUUUGCAUCUCUCUUUUUGAACAGAACCACAAAGCCUAGAAAUAACAGCUCUUGUCCUCUGGAAGUGAGAGAAUCUGACUGUGUUGAGACUGAAAGACCUUGGUGUAGUUAAUUGACUUGGCUGCUUAGGAAUCUAUUUUCCAGCACAGUCCUCCUUUAAAACCACGUUAACUGUACUGGGAAACAGUUAUAGAGCACCUUCUAAAACUCCCCUCUUCUAAGAGAAAGAUCAAUCCCUCUCUCAUCACCUCCUCUCAGUAGCCCAGGCAGGAGAAACGGGGAGAGAAGGAGAAGUGGAGGAAAGAACAGUAGAGCCGCCGCCGUCGUCCAUUAAACAUAUGCACCGCUCCAUUUCCUCUAAGCUGAGGGUGUCUGUUGCUAGUGGGGACAUGGACGCCGCUCCUACAACCGUGUUGGCAGCCGGGGAUGCCACGUGCGACGAGACGGUGUGUGAGGCACUGGGUCGCUUCGAGGCCACGCUGGCGGCGGCGGUGCGCGAGGUGCACGUGGACGUGAGUGCCUUCAAGCGGGGCAUGGAGCGGCGGGUGGACGAGGCGUGUCAAGCCCAAGGGCCCCUGGCCGAGGCGGUGCAACGGCUGACGCAGGAGAACCUGCAGCUCCGGAGUCAGCUGGAGGCGCUGGCCCGCCUGGUGGAGGGUCUGACAGGGAAAGGGGUGGACAGGAGCGCCCUGGAGGAGAGGGACAGUAGGGGACAGAUCCCCGUGACUUCGUCCCAGGGGAUGGUGAACAGGAGCCACGGGAGUCCCUCCACCAUGGUCCCCAAUGGACCGUCAGAGUCUGGUUCUUCUGGUCUUGGUUCUGGGUCUUCUGGUUCUGGCGCCUCUAGUUCCACAUCAGCCCAUCUCUCCAGUAGAGAGCCCAUGGAUGACAACAUGGUUAAUGGUCACAAAAGUGUUGACAAAACGGAAGAAAGAAAUGUUGCUGCUGUGUUGGAGAAUGGACAUCACAAAGAGAAAGUCAGUGGUCAGGAGGCAGAGGAGCACAAGCCUCAUCUCCCCGUCAGUGCCCUGACCAGGACUUGUCCCGAGUCACCAACUGGCCCCAGACGAGCCUCAGUGGAGCUCAAGUCUCCUGGUCAUUUAUUUGCAGGUGUCACCUCACCCAAAGCCAGACCAGAUUUUUUGUUUAAAUCUGACGACUCAUCAUUCGGCGAGCCACAUCUUCCCUGCACUGCCAUAACCAAAACAGACUCCCCAACUGGACCCAAACCGCCAGCACAAUCUCCUGCUUUGGCCAGGAAAUCUCCUGCUUCAACACCAAAGUCUCCUACCUACCCAAUAGCUGACGUCACCACUCCCAAAACAGCACUAGAUGCUUUGUUUAGUCCUGCACCAGCAUUGAAGAGAGAGACCCCCGUAUCAAUGCGUACAUUUACCCUUCCAGGCCUAUCACAAGGAUCAGAGAGUUUUUCUGGACAACAAACGCAAGUGAGGUCACCAGUCAGCAGUCAUGCAGUGCAGAAGGAGAACAUCUCUGAAACUCUGGCCCCACCUCAUACCCCUGUCAGUGCCUUGAGCAGAACUAGCCCAGAGUCACCAACUGCACCUGCCCCAAAUCAGUCCCCUGCCCCCCCAUCAUGGGCUCCUGCUGCCCCAACUCAUUCCCCUGCCACCCCAACUUGGGCUCCUGCGACCCCAAUUUGGUCUCCUUCUGUCCCAACUCAGUCCCCUGCCACCCCAACUCAAUCUUCUGCAGCACCAACUCAGGCUCCUGCAGCCCCUCCAUCUCCUUCCCCUGCACCCAAAACACCUAGUCAACCAGUAUUUGAGGAUACCACACCCAAAGCAUCGGGAGAAUUUCCUUUCAAACGUGGUGAACGUGUAGCAGUUAAGGCAGCGAGCCCGAGUCUAACGCGUAGCAUGAGUUUCCCAGCAACCACAGAAAAACUCCUACCCCCCAGAAAGGUGCCUCCCCCUGGCACAGACAGGAGCCUGGUCAAGUUUGGCGGUUCGGACAAGUUUGGUGGUCCAAAUAAAUUUGGUGGUCCAAACAAGUUUGGCGGUCCGGACAUGCUUGGUGGGCUGGACAAGUUUGGCGGUCCGGACAUGCUUGGUGGGCUGGACAAGUUUGGGGGCGGUGGGGAGCGGAAACUGCAGAGGUCACAAACGCUUCCUCGCAACCUCGGGAUGCAGAGCAAACGGUCUCUGUUUGAGAGUUUGGCCUCUGAGUGUGACAGGUCCAAGGCUGCAGGCUCCAAGCCCAAACUGCAGCGCUCCCAGAGUUUUAACAGCGCCAGCAGCAUCAAGGCAAUGCUCCUGGAGUGGUGCCGAUCCAAAACUUUUAGCUACCAGAACAUAGACAUCCAGAACUUCUCAUCCAGCUGGUGUGAUGGAAUGGCAUUUGCUGCCCUGGUCCACUCCUUCUUCCCCCUGGAGUUUGACUACAACACACUGAAUCCUGCCAAUCGCAAAAACAACUUUGAAGUGGCCUUCACCACAGCAGAAGAGCAGGCUGACUGUGUUCGUCUCAUAGAGGUAGAGGAUAUGAUGGUGAUGGGUAACAAACCAGACCCCAUGUGUAUCUUCACCUACGUCCAGUCCCUCUACAACCACCUCAAGAAGUUUGAGUGACACCCCUGUGCAGAGGCGAUCACCCCUAUCACCAGGCACUCUGACACUUCGUCAGCGAGCCAAAGCACUACUCCCUACUUUGUUCAACUCUCAAUAACUGUAUAUAACGAUUGUGCUUGUACAAUUCUAUUUGAAUUUGUCUUGUCAUAUAAUAAUGUGGUUUGUGGCUCUUAUUUUGCCUCCUUUAGAAAAUAGAGGUAGUGAAUUGGAGAAAAGAUUGUAGUUUUACAAAUAUAUUUUUUAACUCAGAGAGCCACCUGCUGGUUAUUUUCUAGUGGUGUUAUGAUUCAAUGUAGAUCAUAAAAUAAAAUAAACAAGAUUUCGAAAAUAGUGUUUGUUAUGCAUGAAGCUAGCAAAACACCUGAAAGACAUAAUUUAAAAUUCAAGUUGUAAAGAAAGUGGGAAGAAAGUGAAAAUGAAAGAAGUGUAAAUGCAAAGAAAGGUGGCAGGAACAACUUGUUAGUUGUUAGUUGUUAAAUAAAGGUUAAAUAAAAAUAAAAAAAUAAACGCACUGGUCUUGAAUCAGUUUGGCCUUCUGCUAAUCCCAUUGGCAUUUUUGACUGUCUUGCAGUGAGAUCAUGAUAUUUACAGGUAUGUUGAUGUUUAAAAGACGUCUGUUUUUUAUGUGAUAAAAAGUCCAGAUUGUCACUGUUACAAAUAAAUAGCUGUAUCUACAAAUUGUAUUCAAUGUCAAUCAAAUGUAUUGGAUUAGCUUUUAUUUCAACUGUAUUAAAAUAAUAGUGAUGUACACUAUUUGUUAUUA